AUGGCGGACGCUGCGGCUCGUUCGCUUCAAUUUGAGUAUAAAGCUAAUUCAAAUUUAGUUUUACAAGCUGACACUCGUCUCAUUGAACGUCGACCAAGAGAUGAAGCGACAGGUGAAGUUGUUUCUCUUGUUGGAAAGUUGGAAGGCUCUCGUAUGGGUGAUAGGUAUCAGCGAACGAAGCCAUCGGUAGCAGAAGAAAAGAAAGCUAAGAGAAUGAAAAGGGACGAAUCCCGGUAUGACGUUUCAAAACUUAAAGGACAGAGUAUGUUAUCUGAUGAUAUCGAAGACAUGGUUGGCAUUCUGUACCGACCGAAAACAGCAGAGACUAAGCAAACAUAUGAAGUGCUCUUGAGCUUCAUUCAAGAAGCCCUCGGUGAUCAACCCAGAGACAUUCUAUGUGGUGCUGCUGAUGAAGUAUUAGCAGUCUUGAAAAAUGAAAAGAUUCGCGAUGAGAGAGAUCGCAGAAAAGAGACCGAGGCUUUGUUGGGUGGUUUGGCAGAAGAGAGAUACGCAGUGUUAGUUAAUUUGUGCAAGAAGAUUUCCGAUUACGGUGGAGAUGAUAAAGUACAGACUACAGAAGAGAAUAUCGACGAAACUUAUGGUGUUAAUGUUCAGUUUGAGGAGUCUGAUGAGGAAGAGGAAGAAAUCUGUGGAGAAGUCAAAGAUGAUGAUUCUAAUGAUGAGAAUGAAGGAGAUGAGGCCAUAGUGGACAGCACUUUGCAUGCCACUAAUCUAGGAAUAGGACAAGAUACAUUAGGGAAAAGUGGAAAAGGCUUGCAUCCACGAGACAUUGAUGCAUAUUGGUUGCAAAGAAAACUGAGUAAAUUUUAUGAUGAUCCUGUGGUGGCACAAACCAGGGCAGGAGAAGUUCUAGAAAUCUUGAAAAUUGCAGUUGAUGAUCGAGAUGUUGAAAAUCAGUUAGUUUUGUUACUUGGCUAUAACCAGUUUGAAUUCAUCAAGAUCUUGAGACAACAUAGACAGAUGAUUUUGUAUUGCUCAUUGCUUGCCUCUUUGCAAAGUGGAGCUGAAAAAACAAAACUGAAAGAAAAAAUGAAGAAUGAUCCAGAAUUGGAAAAGAUAUUACGGCAAUUAGAAAAUACAGAAAAGGAGGAUAUCGUUCAAGAAGAACGUGAACGUAGAGCCCAAGUUCGUCAAGCUAGAGUUGAUGCCGAUUUGGAAGCAAUGGAUAUUGAUGGUGAAAGCGUACCACAACUUCAACAAUGUCGUGUUUUGGAUUUAGAAGAUAUAUCUUUUGCUCAUGGCAGUCAUUUUAUGGCAAAUAAGCGUUGUCAACUGCCCGAUGGCUCUUUUCGUAAGCAGAGGCGUGGUUAUGAAGAAAUUCACGUACCUGCCCUGAAACCAAAAGCUUUUGACUCAAAUGAGGCUCUGAUGCCAAUUGAAAAGCUGCCAAAAUAUAUUCAACCUGCAUUUGAGGGAUAUAAAAGUCUGAACCGUAUUCAAAGUCGACUGCAUAAAACAGCAUUAGAAAGUGAUGAAAAUCUAUUGUUAUGUGCACCUACUGGAGCAGGGAAGACAAACGUUGCAUUAUUGUGUAUGAUGCGCGAGAUCGGAAAGCACAUAAAUGCUGAUGGGACGAUUAAUGCUGAUGAGUUCAAAAUUAUCUACAUUGCACCUAUGAGAUCGUUAGUACAAGAAAUGGUGGGAAACUUCAGUAAGCGUCUUAGCUCUUACAACAUCCAGGUUUCUGAAUUGACUGGUGACCAUCAGUUGACAAGAGAACAAAUAAAUGCUACACAGGUUAUUGUGUGUACUCCUGAAAAGUGGGAUAUUGUCACCCGUAAAGGAGGCGAAAGAACAUACACCCAACUUGUUCGUCUGAUGAUAUUUGAUGAAGUGCACUUACUACAUGAUGAACGUGGUCCAGUGUUGGAAGCUUUGGUUGCAAGAACCAUCCGCAACAUAGAAAUGACUCAAGAAGAAGUACGAUUGGUAGGUCUCAGUGCUACUUUGCCAAAUUAUGAAGAUGUAGCUACAUUCUUAAGAGUGACAACUGGCCUAUUCUAUUUCGACAACAGCUUUCGACCUGUUCCCUUAGAACAACAAUAUAUUGGCAUUACUGAAAAGAAACCCAUCAAGCGCUUCAUGUUGAUGAAAGAAAUUCUGUAUGAAAAAGUAAUGGAACAUGCUGGAAAAAAUCAAGUACUUAUUUUUGUUCAUUCGAGAAAAGAAACGGGAAAAACUGCUCGAGAAAUAAGAGAUAUGUGUCUAGAAAAAGACACGCUUGGACAGUUUCUUCGUGGAGGAUCUGCUUCAACUGCUGUCUUGGAGACUGAAGCAAACCAAGUGAAGAAUCUCGAACUAAAAGAUCUGUUGCCCUAUGGCUUUGCAAUUCACCAUGCUGGAAUGAGUCGAGUGGACCGAACGCUUGUAGAAGAUUUGUUUGCAGAUCGUCACAUUCAAGUACUGGUAUCAACUGCCACCCUGGCUUGGGGUGUGAAUCUUCCAGCUCAUACAGUCAUCAUCAAAGGUACUCAAGUUUAUAGUCCAGAAAAAGGAAGAUGGGUCGAACUAGGAGCACUUGAUGUUUUACAAAUGUUGGGAAGAGCUGGUAGGCCCCAAUAUGAUACCAAAGGUGAAGGAAUAUUGAUUACCAAUCAUAGUGAACUGCAAUAUUACUUGUCCUUAUUCAAUCAACAGUUGCCAGUAGAAAGUCAACUAAUUAGUAAGCUUCCUGAUAUGCUAAAUGCAGAAAUUGUCCUUGGGAAUAUACAAAAUAUGAAAGAAGCUGUUACUUGGCUGGGCUACACAUAUUUGUAUAUUCGUAUGAUGCGAAAUCCAAAUCUUUACAGCAUCCCUGAUAUUGGUAUGGAUCCUUUGCUGGAAAAGCAGAGAGCAGACUUAAUCUAUACUGCUGCCACUAUGCUUGAUAAAAGUAAUUUGUUAAAAUUUGAUAAGAAAGCUGGAGUUUUUCAAGUUACUGAAGUAGGGAGAAUUGCAAGUCAUUAUUAUUGCACUUUUGAAACUAUGACAACAUACACUCAAUUGUUAAAACAGACUCUCAGUGAAAUUGAGCUGUUCAGAGUAUUUUCCCUGUCCAGUGAGUUUAAGAAUUUGAAUAUUCGAGAAGAGGAAAAAAUUGAGUUGCAAAAAUUGAUGGAACGUGUUCCCAUACCUAUUAAAGAGAGCAUUGAAGAAUCAAGUGCAAAAGUUAAUGUUUUGCUGCAAGCUUACAUUUCUCAGUUAAAAUUAGAAGGUCUUGCUUUGAUGGCAGACAUGGUGUAUAUCACACAGAGUGCUGACAGAUUGAUGCGAGCUAUUUUUGAAAUUGUUCUUCAUAGAGGUUGGGCUCAACUAACAGAUAAAGCUUUGAGUCUUUGCAAAAUGAUCAAGAGAAGAAUGUGGCAGUCUAUGUCUCCCCUUCGUCAGUUCCGUAAAAUUCCUGAUGAAGUAGUGAAAAAGAUUGAAAAGAAAAACUUUCCUUGGGAAAGGCUGUAUGAUUUAGGACCCAAUGAAAUUGGUGAGCUGUUGAGAAUGCCAAAACUAGGCAAGACUGUUCACAAAUAUGUGCAUCAGUUUCCCAAAUUGGAGCUGUCUGCUCACAUUCAGCCAGUUACUCGAGCAACAUUACGAGUUGAACUGACUAUUACGCCCGACUUUCAAUGGGACGAGAAAGUUCACGGAAGUUCAGAAGCAUUUUGGAUUCUUGUUGAAGAUGUUGACAGUGAAGUAAUUCUACACCAUGAAUAUUUUCUUUUGAAGAGUAAGUUUUGUCAAGAUGAGCAUAUCGUAAAAUUCUUCGUUCCAGUAUUUGAACCGCUGCCACCUCAAUACUUUAUUAGAAUUGUAUCUGAUCAAUGGAUCGGGUCUGAAACACAACUCCCCGUGUCUUUUCGACAUUUAAUCUUGCCAGAAAAGUACCCUCCACCAACAGAACUUUUAGAUCUUCAACCACUACCUGUAUCUGCUCUUAGGAAUCCAUUUUUUGAAUCUUUAUAUAAAGAUAAAUUUCCCUAUUUCAAUCCAAUCCAAACACAAGUAUUUAAUUCUGUAUAUAACAGUGAUGAUAAUGCUUUCAUUGGAGCUCCAACUGGAAGCGGCAAAACCAUCAUAGCAGAGUUUGCCAUUCUUCGUUUGUUGUCUCAGAAUGCUGAAGGUAGAUGUGUUUAUGUUACUCCCAAGGAACAGCUUGCUGAAAUAAUAUAUGCAGAUUGGAUGCAAAAAUUUUCAAAUUCCAUGAAUAAGAAAGUUGUUUUACUUACUGGUGAAACUGGCACAGAUUUGAAACUUCUUGCCAAAGGAAAUAUCAUUAUCAGUACUCCUGAAAAGUGGGAUGUUCUUUCUCGAAGAUGGAAACAGAGGAAAAAUGUCCAGAACAUAAAUUUGUUCAUUGUUGAUGAAUUGCAGCUCAUUGGAGGAGAGGAUGGUCCAAUUCUUGAGGUCAUUUGCUCAAGAAUGCGUUACAUAUCAUCUCAGAUUGAAAAGCCCAUCAGAAUUGUUGCUUUAAGUUCCUCACUUGCAAAUGCCAAAGAUGUUGCACAAUGGCUUGGGGCUAGUCAAAAUUCAACCUUCAAUUUCCCUCCAAAUGUUAGACCAGUUCAGCUUGAACUUCACAUUCAAGGUUUCAAUAUUACUCAUAAUGCAUCUCGACUUCUCGCAAUGAGCAAACCAGUGUAUCAAUCUAUUGUACGAUUAUCUCCCAGGAAGCCAGUCAUAGUUUUUGUCCCUUCCAGGAAACAAUCUCGAUUGACUGCUAUCGAUAUUUUGACUUACUGUGCUUCAGAAGCUCAACCGGCUCGUUUUCUCCAUUGUACAGAUGAAGAUAUUCAACCUUUUGUGGACAAAAUAACAGAUAAAACAUUAAAAGAGACCAUCAGCAAUGGUGUGGCUUAUUUACAUGAAGGUUUAAAUGCUUCAGAUUCAAAAAUCAUAGGUCAGUUGUUUGACAGUGGUGCUAUUCAGGUUGUAGUGGUGUCAAGGAAUUUAUGCUGGGGAUUAUCUCUUGCAGCUCAUUUAGUGAUAAUUAUGGAUACACAAUUCUAUAAUGGAAAAAUUCAUACUUAUGAAGAUUAUUCCAUCACAGAUGUCUUGCAGAUGGUUGGUCGAGCUAAUCGUCCUACCAUAGAUGAUGAUGGAAAAUGUGUACUUUUAUGUCAAAGCUCAAAGAAAGACUUUUUUAUGAAAUUUUUGUAUGAACCAUUGCCUGUUGAAAGUCAUCUUGAUCAUUGCUUGCAUGAUCAUUUUAAUGCUGAAAUAGUCACCAAGACCAUCGACAACAAACAAGAUGCAGUUGAUUAUCUCACAUGGACAUUUUUGUAUCGAAGAAUGACACAAAAUCCUAACUACUAUAAUCUCCAAGGAGUGACCCAUCGACAUUUGUCAGAUCAUCUUUCCGAACUGGUCGAAAAUACCUUGACUGACCUCCAGCAAUCUCGAUGCAUUGACAUUGAAGAUGAAAUGGACGUGUUGCCAUUAAACUUGGGUAUGAUUGCUGCAUACUAUUACAUAAAUUACACCACAAUAGAACUCUUCAACAUGUCUCUGAAUAACAAAACAAAAGUUAGAGGUUUGCUAGAAAUUAUUAGUUCUGCUGCUGAAUAUGAGACUGUACCUAUUAGACAUAGAGAAGAUAAUUUGUUAAAACAACUUGCUAGUAGGCUACCGCAUAAACUUCCAAAUCCCAAGUUCAGCGAUCCUCACGUGAAAACAAAUUUGCUUCUACAAGCACACUUGUCCCGAAUGCAGUUGUCUGCAGAAUUGCAGUCUGACACAGAAGACAUCCUGAGCAAAGCAAUUAGGUUAAUUCAAGCUUGUGUCGAUGUCCUGAGUUCCAGUGGUUGGCUCUCCCCUGCUUUGGCUGCUAUGGAACUUGCACAGAUGGUUACUCAAGCUAUGUGGAACAAAGAUUCCUACUUAAAGCAACUGCCGCAUUUUACUUCUGAAAUAGUAAAAAGAUGCACUGACAUGGGAGUUGAAACUGUGUUUGAUGUCAUGGAGUUAGAGGAUGAAGACCGGAACAAACUCCUUCAACUGAAUGAUUCUCAAAUGGCAGAUGUGGCCAGAUUUUGCAACCGAUAUCCCAAUAUUGAACUGAGUUAUGAAGUGCAGGCAAAGGAAAACAUCAUUAGUGGUCAACAAGUAAAUGUAAGUGUCCAGCUGGAGAGAGAAGAUGAAAUGACAGGGCCUGUGAUUGCUCCUCUCUUCCCUCAAAGGCGAGAAGAAGGUUGGUGGGUUGUAAUUGGUGAUCCCAAGAGUAAUUCCCUAAUAUCCAUCAAAAGGUUGACUCUUCAACAAAAGGCAAAGGUAAAACUGGACUUCCUUGCACCAAAUCCUGGAGAUCACACGUACACAUUAUAUUUCAUGAGUGAUGCAUACAUGGGUUGUGAUCAGGAAUAUAGGUUUAACAUUCGGGUCAAUGAGCAAAACAGGAAAGGUUCUGUUAGUGAUAGUGAUUAAAAUGAAGUGUACUUAAGACAAAGCCAUUGUCUUUUUUAUUAUUUUCAUUAAAUCUUUACUAAAAAAUUUUAAAAAGCAUCAUCCUUCCAUAACAAAAUUUUGACAUUUAUUUAAAGGUAAAAUAUAAACCCUUACAAAAAUAUGAAUUGUUUAUUCUUUCAGGAUAUUUUGCUGUAUUAAAGUUAUACAUAAAAAUUUCCACUUUGUAAAUUGUACUGCUCUUGUUACAUACAAUAGUAAAUGUUUUUUAUUUACAUUUCAUAUUAACUGAACUACAUGUUAUUCUCCUGUCAUAAUAUGGAUGAAUAAAAUAUGUUGCUUGACAAAUU